ACAUUGUGUGUGACGCAGCGGUUCGCCGCCUGGAAAGUGACAGGAGAGCUGUGGCGAGUUGUUGACAUUGUUGUCAAGCUUAUUACUUUGUGUUUUCGAGACAGAAAUGGACGACCAAGGGUGUCCGAGAUGCAAAACCACGAAAUACAGAAACCCGUCCCUGAAGCUGAUGGUGAACGUCUGCGGACACACGCUAUGUGAGAACUGCGUGGAGAUGCUGUUUGUCCGCGGCUCGGGCAACUGCGUCCAGUGUGACACGCCUCUGAGGAAGAGCAACUUCCGCGUGCAGCUCUUCGAAGACCCCACUGUAGAUAAAGAGGUGGAUAUUCGCAAGAAGGUGCUGAAGAUAUACAACAAGAGAGAUUUUGACUUCCCGAGCCUGAGAGACUACAACGACUAUCUGGAAGAAGUGGAGGAUAUAGUGUAUAACCUGACAAACAACAUCGAGGUGGAAGACACCAAACAGAGGAUGGAGCAGUACCAGAGGGAGAACCGAGAUCUCAUCCAGAAGAAUAAGGCUAAGCUUACACGAGAGCAGGAGGAGUUGGAGGAGCUGCUGUUGCUGGAGCAGCAGGGCAAUGAGCAGCGGAGGCUGGAUUUGCUGCAGGAGGAGCAGAGGCAGCUACAGGCCAAGAGGAAGAGCAAGCAGGCUCUGCUGGAUGAACUGGAGCAGUCUCAACUUCCGGCCACCAUCUUGCUUGCCCAACAUAAGGUCCGUGCUGCCCAGCUGGAGACACAGAUAGAGCAACAGAAGCAGGCGGUCAAACCUACCACCCUGUUUUCAACUGGAAUCAACCUGCGUCAGACCGUAUCUCUACAGGCUGUGCCCAAGAUACAGGAAGCACUUUACCACUACCAGCCCCUUCAAGUUGACACCUAUGGACCUGCGGUGCCUGAAUUAGAGCAGCUGGGCAGACUUGGGUAUUUGAACCAUGUGCGGGCUGCCAUGCCUCAGGACACAGCUGGAGGAUACAGCUCAGCUUUGGCGUGUCAUCGAGCCGUCCAGGAUGCUUUCAGUGGGCUGUUCCUCUGGAAAGGUUGAACACAUCCAGAGCUCCACAAGUACAACAGCUACCGAUUUAGAAAUGAGAACUGAAUGGACUAUAAAUACAGCAUCACUGCCAUUGUGGAGAGGACAAAAGCUGCUGUAGUGAUCACAUUUUGUUUGGGUCAAGUUUGUACAUGGCAUUUUAUAUUUUUGUGUUAUUUUGAUAUUUAAUAAAUCACAGUGAACACUGACUGUCUGUCCAUCAUUAUACAGAUUUAUUUGAAAAUGAAACAACUCAGGAUGUAAGCCAUUGCAUACUGAAUAAUAGUUUUAAUACAUACAUGUAUGAACAAAGGGGAGU